AAGUUAGCAGCCUGAACAACCGAGCGCCACAGGAUAGUGGAGGGCUUGAAUGGACUGAGAUCUGGCGGCAGAUUUUCCUGCAGACGCGGUGUCAGGCUGGCUAAAUUAUUGGUCCUUACCAAGGGAGGUAAUCCUGGGGGCCAAAGAUACAAUGCCUGUUUCAGGCAGACGCUUGUCCCUCUCUCUCCCCUCUUGCCUUCUUUCUCAAUCAUCAAUCUAACGGCACCGGUGUCGUGAUGUGUUCGAUACUUUCCCGCUUGUUACCUUGACAAAAUCCAAGAUCGACCGGUUCGAUGACCCAGAACAAUACCACCGACGAACAAAUCCUAGGAUGGGUUGGCUCUAGCAACGACAGGGGGACCAUCGACAUUAUGUGGUCCUCCUGCAUCACCAUAAUCCUGUGCUGCUGGGUUUCGACAUACCCAAACGUUGGUUCGCCGAGCGAUAAAUGGUACCACAUUUUCUACGACAAGAUCAGCCUGGCGAUGAUCAGUAUUCUCGGUCCCGAUUUUCUGUUUGGUAUAGCUUUUGGACAGUGGUCUAGCGCUAGGAGGAGUGUCAAGACUUUUCAGAAAGACAAGCAUCUUUGCAACGGCGAAAAAUGGACAUACACUCACGCAUUCUUCAUCGACAUGGGAGGAAUUCAUCUCACUAGUCCCGAUUUCCAAGGCGGCUUCCCCAUCAAUGCCGAACAACUACACUAUCUGGUUUUGCAUAAACAUCUCGACUUCCCGGAUAUGGAGACGAUGGAGAUUUCAGAGAGAAACAGUCUUGAUAGACUUUCACGACUCAUUACUGUCUUCCAAGCCUUCUGGUUCGUCGUCACGGAGAUACAAAGAUACCACAUCGGUUUGCCAAUGACAACACUCGAGCUGACCGCGCUCUCAUUCACGUUCAUUAUGUUUUCGACAUCGAUACUGUGGUACGCGAAGCCAUCUAUCACGCAACCGCGUACCAUCAGCACCAAAGAGAACAAAACAAUCGCGGCAAUCCGCGAUUUUGCCAGGUCCAAUACGCACCCAAACAUGCCUGACACGUGGUAUCAGACACCAUUGGAAUUUAUCGGCGAAGAACGGUUUCGAAUCAAUGCUCACUGGCAGUACUAUGUCAAGGUGACACACAAACUACACCUCUGGAUUGUCUCCCGGCCCAUCAAAGUCCGCCCCUGGGACAGAUUCCCAUCAGACCUCUGGAUCUGCCCAGACCUGGUAUUCGCUCCGGUUGCAGCGGCUAUUUUAGUCGGUUUCAGCGUCUUGUUUCUCCCAGCAUGGAAUUUCCAUUUUCCGACACCUACCGAACAACUCCUGUGGAGAAUCUGUAGUACCUAUCAUGCAGUCUUCAGUCUCUAUGGUGGCGGUUACUAUUUAAUCGAAAUGUUCCGAAACCGCCGGCAAUUCCUGCGGCGAGUGCGGGGACCACCUCUGGAGCGUGCCAUCCCGCUUCAAGACCUGGAGUCUCAGAGGACUGUCCAAGUUGAUGAACAACCAAAUACAUUUCGAGAAAGGAUUUUGAGAAGCGUGGUGGAUUGGAUCAAAGAUUGCAGAAAUAUAUCUGAUGGCCGAGACCCAAACAUGGCUAUUCCGCUGCGGAUCUUGUUUCCAGUUUCUAUCACCUGUGCCCUCUAUGUCGCAUGUCGGUUUUAUAUAUAUUUUGAGGAUUUCUUUUCCCUGAGGGCACAACCAGCAGGAGUGUUUCUCU